UCACAGGCUCCAGAGUCUCGUGGGCAAAAGCGCAGGCGCGAAGCCCAAGGCGCGUCGCAACCCGAAGCAGACGCGCCAGCACCUCAGAAGCGACGAAUAGCCAAAGAAUCUCGAUCUGCCGGCGGAAACCAAGCAACGCGAACCAAAGCUAUGGCCUCGCAAAGAAGUAGCAAGCGCCGGCGUCUGGAUCAAAACGACACUGAGGCGGCGGACAAUAGCGGGGUGCACGCUGGUGGCGAUCGCACAGAACUACAAACGAAGAGACGAGGCAGGCCACCGGAUUCGACUGCAGAAGUAGAUGCUGGACCGCCUGUUCCAACUAAAAACAGGCGCCGGCCGCCCAGAAUAUCCUCGGUGACAGCAGCUGUCCAAUCGCCAGCUAUGGGGGGUUCCCAACCUAAACGGAAACGGGGUCGACCUUCCUUGGUCCGAGUCGCUGUUGAUGAGGCUCAGAACCAGCAAAGUCGUUCAGAUGACUCAAAGCCUGCCAAGAAACGUGGCCGCCCCUCGCUGUCAGAAAAUCAUCAAGUACAGCCGCGGCCCGUCUCAAAACUAGCUCGGCGGUCGGCCGAGGCAGCAAAGCCAUCCGCAGACCUUGCAGAUACUUCGAUUGCUGAGCCCCGAAAGUCACAGCCCGGACCGAGGGGAUCUUCGAAGCCUCGGCCACGAAACUCAACCGGCGGUGGUCGGGACGAGGACCCCACUACGGAGACAGACGAAGACCCUGAUACACGGCAUAAGGGACCUCUUUUUGAAGGAGAAUAUCAGUACAUCACUGAAAGAAUGGUCACGGUCCCGAGGUCUAAAAUAUCGUCAAAGUGGUCUCCACUCGAUAUUAAGUCCGUUACCGCCGUGCAUGAUAUCCUCCUCAACGCGCAACGCCCGGUUUUGUAUCACCUGCGCCAUGGCCGGCGGCGCCAGGAGCACGCUGCAUCUAUCAUGACAGCUGUGGCGAAUCGAGUGCAGAGGAAGCUCGGCAGAGGCUUCCCAUUCCCACCACCAACAAUCGGCACUAACCGGACGAGCACCGUUACGACAGGGCAAGCAUCCAAAUCAGGGCACGCUGAGGAGCUUGAUUACGAGCGCGCUGUAGAUGCAGCCCAGGCUCUCGAGGACCAACUCAAUCCCACCCUGCAUUCGGUAGCGCUUCUCAAGGCCGAACUGAAGAAACAGGAAAAGGCUCUCGAGGAUGACUAUAAGAGCUUGCGGACGCUGGAGAGCAAUGCGCGGGACGAGGCGCGCUCAUGGAAGAAAUCAAUGCGAACAACACACAUCUUGGCUCCUGAAACUAUCUCAACCUUGUCGAACGAUGGCCACGAUGGUAAACGCGAGGGAUGGAAGGAUUUGGAGCUCGUCAUGCCCAAGAGACAGGAUGACAAUAUCUACCAGGUAUGCUUGAAUCUCGAAGAUGUGGAAUUGGUCAAGAUAUCGCAGCAGAUAGGGAGUCAUAUGGAAAGUAUCCAAGGAAAUCUGCGGCAGGUCGGUAGAAUUCUUCCAGCGAUGGAAACAACAAAGGCCGCGCUUCACGAAGCAUUAUUGAAACAUUUGGAUCCUACUAAGUGCGAGGAGGUACUGCUUGGAUAA